GCUUUUCUUUUAUCCUUUCUGUGAAAUUUCGCGGCUUCUUCUUCUAGUCUGCAAAACUCCGGGAGAUUCUUCGCACGCGUCGCCGGAGAAAGAUAGAGAGGAGUAGGAAUAGAGGAGCGAUUCGUUUGUGUCCGAUUGGCUUAGACGGUGACAGGCGCUGUCUCCGCCAUGGCGGCAAAUCAAGCCGAGCGGUUAAAGGAAGAUGGUAACAGUUGCUUUAAGAAAGAACGUUUCGGUGCGGCCAUUGAUGCUUAUACUGAGGCGAUUACCUUGUCACCAAAGGUUCCUGUAUAUUGGACUAAUCGAGCUCUUUGCCACAUGAAGCGAAAGUAUGGAUUGGAUUAGGGUUGAAGAGGAUUGUCGCAAAGCUAUUCAGCUUGACCACAAUUCUGUCAAGGCCCAUUACAUGCUAGGACUUGCAUUAUUGCAGAGUAAACAAUAUUCUGAUGGAGUCAAAGAGUUGCAAAGGGCUUUAGAUCUUGGAAGAGGCGCAAAUCCAACAGGAUAUAUGGUAGAAGAAAUAUGGGAAGAGCUUGCUAAAGCAAAAUACAUGGAGUGGGAACUGGAUUCUGCGAGGCGCUCGUGGGAACUGAAUAGUUUGAAGGAAACUUGUGAGGCUGCUCUUAAUCAACAACGUGCUUUAGAUAUGUCUCGAACAGAGGAGUCCUCGGAAGAAGCUUAUUCUUUCCAUACUGAGCGAUUGAAAGCUCUUGAUCGAGUGUUUGAGAAAGCUGCAGAAGACGACAAACCAGCUGAGGUGCCAGAUUAUUUGUGUUGCAACAUUACACUUGAGAUAUUCCGGGAUCCUGUGAUUUCUCCAAGUGGGGUUACAUAUGAAAGAGCAGCGAUCCUUGAACAUAUUAAGAAGGUGGGGAGGUUUGAUCCUAUUACGCGUGAAAAACUCGACCCAUCCAAACUCGUUCCAAAUCUGGCUAUCAAAGAGGCAGUGGCUGCUUAUCUAGACAAACACGUUUGGGCUUACAAAGUGGGCUGUUGAUUCAAAUGGGGCUUUGCAUACAAACAAUGAAACGGAAGAGAGAUCAAAUAUACUCAGUGACUGAACAAAACAGACGUUUACGUUUUUCAGUUUCGUUUUUUUUUUCUUGCUUGCCAAUGUUUUUCGUGUAAGAUUCUCUGCCGUGUAUUGCUCACUUUAUAAAUAUAA